UUGUAGUUUUUGUGCCACCGUUGUGGUUUUCUUAAAGGAAAAAAAGAAAAACAAAAGCAACUCAGCAAAACCUUAGGCUCGUUUGUUUGUUGUACCGAAACUUUCCUGCUGCGGCAAUGCACAAGGAGAGAGGAGGCGAGAUGGGGAGGAAGGCGGUCCUGGUCGCCGCCUGUCUCUGCCUGCGCUGGGUGGCUGUUCUCGGUGCCGCUCCGGCCGCCGGUGCAGAAGCUGAGACCAAUUUUAAGGGAAUUGAGAGCAAGUUUUCCUUACGGACACCUGCAGAGCCUGAUGAGGAUGUCUGCUAUCUGGUUCCUGGACAGGUGAACAGCCUGGCACAGUGCAACUUCAACCAUACCAGUAAAACCUUCGUGGUGAUCCAUGGGUGGACGGUGACAGGAAUGUAUGAAAGUUGGGUCCCGAAGCUGGUGGAUGCUUUAUACAAGAGGGAACCUGAUUCAAACGUCAUCGUUGUAGACUGGCUGGUUCGAGCUCAGCAGCAUUAUCCAGUGUCUGCUGCGUACACGAAGCUGGUGGGAAAGGAUGUUGCUAUGUUUAUUGAUUGGAUGGAGGAACAAUUCAAUUAUCCUCUCAACAACCUCCACUUGCUGGGGUACAGUCUAGGUGCUCAUGCUGCUGGCAUUGCUGGGAGCCUGACCAAGAAGAAAGUGAACAGAAUUACUGGACUGGAUCCAGCUGGUCCUACCUUUGAGUAUGCUGAUGCCGUUACCCGUCUCUCCCCUGACGAUGCUGACUUUGUGGAUGUCCUGCACACAUACACUCGAGGCUCUCCAGACCGUAGCAUUGGGAUCCAGAAGCCUGUUGGACACAUUGAUAUUUAUCCUAAUGGUGGAGGCUUCCAGCCGGGUUGCAACUUGGGAGAAGCACUCCGUCUGAUUGCUGAAAAAGGCUUUGCAGAUGUGGAUCAGCUAGUGAAAUGCUCCCAUGAACGAUCCAUCCACCUCUUCAUUGACUCCCUACUCUAUGAAGAGAAGCCCAGCAUGGCCUACCGCUGCAACACAAAGGAGGCCUUUGAGAAAGGUCUCUGCCUGAGCUGCCGGAAAAACCGCUGCAAUAAUUUGGGUUACAAGGUCAACAGAGUGCGAACGAAGCGGAACACUAAAAUGUACUUGAAGACUCGUGCUCAGAUGCCCUAUAAAGUCUUUCAUUACCAGGUCAAGAUCCAUUUCUUUGGGAAGACUAAUAUAACCAAGACAAAUCAGCCAUUCCUAAUCUCUCUCUAUGGAACUCUAGAUGAGAGUGAAAACAUUGCAUUCACACUGCCAGAAGUCUCCUCAAACAAGACCUAUUCCUUCCUGAUUUACACAGAAGUGGACAUUGGUGACCUACUUAUGCUGAAGCUGCAGUGGGAGAAAGACACCUUCUUCAGCUGGUCAGACUGGUGGACUCCUUUUACAUUUGAUAUCCAGAGAAUCAGAGUGAAGUCAGGAGAAACUCAGAAAAAGGUAGUGUUCUGUUCACGAGACGGCACCUCGCGCCUCGGUAAGGGAGAAGAGGCACCGGUGUUUGUGAAGUGCUCCGAGCAGCCUGCCGACAGAAAGAGAGGACGUGCCAAGAAAACAUCUAAAGAAAAUUCUGCUGAUGAAUCUGCCUAAGUGACAAAACUGAAGAGAUUUUCCCUCUCUGCCCUGCCAUGCCGGGGAGGAGGAGAAUCUGUUCAUCCCUGUGGACUGGAUGUUCAGAACCAAAUAUAUAGAAAUAUUUAUCUGCUGAUGGCUCUUUGCCUGCUAUUCCUAGCUAUUUUAGGAGACUUUUUAUAAGGAAGUCCCAGUAUACAAAGUUACUAACCAUAAAGACACAUUAUUCAAAUAGUUAAAAACAAAAAGAAAACUGCAAAACUUGCCAAAGGCUUGAGUGCUGAGAAGGAAUAGGUAAUUUUGCUUAAUCAUGGUGCCUUAUGACAAGGUUUCUUGACCUCAAAGUUUUCUAGUAUUUAUUGAAAAGAAACAAAGCCCUUCAUGUGGCUUUCUUUUCGUCAGUUUUCUGAAACUUUUUACUGCCUUGGAUGACUGAAUUUUCAGACAGUGGCUAGACUUCAUUGUCUUAGUGUGCAUUUAGCAAAUGAGUAGGUUUCUCAUGUGAGAAAAACCACCUUUGUGUGUAUUACUAAAAGGUGCCACAGACUGACUUAGUAUGGGGAUGUGUUUUCUAGUUUGUGGUUGUGUUUUACGUGGGGGUAGAUGCCAGUGCUGCUUAGCAAUAGAUAUGAUCUGUUAAGCUAUAUACCUCUAUGCAGCUUAUCCUGGAAUAAAUAGCAGUUGUAGGGGAAGUAACAGUGUCCUGUGCAGGCAUUCAGCUUUUCAUUCCUUCAAAAUGAAAACACCUAGCCUUUAACACAGUUAAAGAACUACGAAGGAAUUGAGCUACCAGAAACAGCAGGAAACUUUUCCCCCCCCCACUGGCAGUUGGUCUGCUCUUUGACACUAAAUAUCAGUCGUGCAGCUCAGUGCCUGCAGUAUUGCAGUCUUCAGUGCAAGUGAAUCCACGUGACAGGUGACAAGCAGGCUUAUGUUUCCCUGUACUGGAAUUGUGACUGCCAGUGACCCACCUUAGUUUGUUGCUUGGCUGUGAUAUAGUGCCAGAUCCUAGGAGCUGCUUGGUUUUCUGACAUACGAUAGAAUUGAGCAAGGAGCAGGAGCUGUGACAGCUGCUGCUUUUAAGAAGCCUGGUUGUGUGAUGUGCAAGAGUAAAUGCUCUGAAGAAACACUGAAAUUAGGCAUGCUGCAAGUUGUCAGAAACAGAUAUAUUGUAGGCAUUCUGCUUCCCCUUUAAGCAACACGAUUUUUCUAGUGCUCUGAAAUGUUCAGUAGUCCUUUUUUAACUCUCUAGAAGAUAAUGUACUGGGGAGGCAGAGGUGUAGUGUGAGCUAUUGAUGCUGGGUUUUGUAGUCUUUCCUGCAUGUGCAAGGCAGUGUGGAGGUAGUGAUUUUUCCAACAUCAUCCCAUUUUGAAACUGAAGCCAACAUGUAU